UUAUUCAAUUUAAUUCGCUUACAUUGACUUUAUUUUUACUAUUCUCUGGUUGACAUUUAUUUGGAUUUAAAAAAACGCAUCGAAAGUUUUAUCGCCGAUAUUGUUGAAUGAAAUUACGUCAGUGCCCUAAUUUAGAUUCUAAAUGAUUUUUAACGGGUAGUGAUGGACGAAUCUGAGGAUAAUUUGAGUGCAGAGGAUAUAAAAGUUGAUAAUACAAGUUUUAUUAAAAUUAAAUCUAAAAAGAAAUCUCUUGUUGAGAGGGAAUUGGAAACAAGUUUAACUGCAAGGGUGACUUCUCCUGUAACCAAUUGGGACAAUAGUAGCACAAGCCGUUAUGGCAGAGCACGCAGGCUUAAAUCGGAGUUAGAUUCCAGUGACUCUGAAAGAUCAGUUAAAGUUAUAAAAUCACCGAAGAUUGAUAGAUCGCCAGUUCGAAUACAGUCACCUGUUUAUAAAAUGCAUGCAUCGAAUUCACCUUUAAGCAUGGAAAAAUCACAGCAAGGAGAAAAUAAACUUGAAACUCAAAUCGAGAAUAUUUAUAGUGAAAAUAUAUCACUAAGUCGUUUUGGAUCGGAAGAAAAAAGAAUUUUAUCGCCUGCUAAAAAGUUUCCCAAUGCCUACAUGAGACAGGACUUGAUACAAAGUAAGGAGAAGGAGAAAGAAGAGUCAAUAACAUUAAUAAAAACUCUUUUCUCACCUGUAAAUGUAAAUAAACCAUCAACCCAUAUUGGUGAUGUCUUAGAAAGGUCUUCCGAGAAAUAUAGUUUAGGAACGAAGCACAUUGAUACAUCAUCGGUGGUGAAAACAUUAGAUUUUGAUGGCAACAAGAAAAAGAAAAAGGAAAUUAUAGAUAAUAAAAUUACUUUAUCAAAGAGUGAGAUAUUUGACAUGGAAGCGAAGUGUGAAUAUCAAGUUGGAGACUUGGCUUGGGCUAGAAUGGGCACAUAUCCGUUCUGGCCUUGCAUUGUCACUAGAGAUCCCGCCAGUGGAACAUUUAUUAAGAAGAAAUUAUUGGGUCGUUCGGAACGUGAUAUCCUACAUGUUACAUUCCUGGGUGACAAUGGAAGACGUGGAUGGAUUAUGCAGAAUAUGCUACGAAAAUUUCUGGGACUACUAGAGUUUGAAACCACUAGAGAAAAAUUUUCAGUAGAGGAAAAGAAACGUGAUCCAAGAUUGUAUGCAGCCUUCUUUAUAUCAGAAAAGAAGCAACCACAAUGGGCUAUAUCAGUAGAUGAAGCAGAAACAUUACUACGGGAACCAAAAAGGCUAAGAAUAGAUAUAUUACGAGAUAUGCUAGGAAAUGCUAAGCCUAAUAAAGUUACUGGAAAAAUAGAAAAAAGAGAAACAAGAACAAAUAGUGAUGUGUCAUUAAGUGAGAGUUUGUAUGAUACGUUGUUUUCUGAAGAUGAUACAAAAAUAAAUGAUAAUGAACAAUUUAAAAGAAAAACUAGAAACAAAUCUUUAGAUGUAUCCGAAGUUGUUACUGCGUGUCUAGAUAAUAUGGCCGCAAAAACUGGUAUAACUAAAAUUCAAAAGCAAUCCCAUAUGGAUAGAUGGUUGCAGAAAGCAAAAUCGAAGACACCAGAGAAAUCUUUUUAUAAAACACAAAGUAAAACAGAUAAAUCAACAAAAUUUAAGUCUAAUGAGAAUUGGUCAAGACGAUCUCUCAGCCUUAGAAGAUCUAGAAAGGAAUCUCAUGAUAUAAUUGAAGUUAAAUUAUUAUCACAUCAAAAUGAACAUGAUUAUAGUAAGAAAAAUUAUGAUGAAUUUACUAAACCUAACAAUGAUAAAGUAGAUAUAACCAAAGAAGUUAACAAACAUCAUCAAGGAACCAUAAAUGAAUCAUUACAAGAAGAAAUGGUUAACGAAUCUGUAAAUAAUCAAAACAAUGACGAUAAUUUAGUACAAAAACAAUUAAUUGCGUCCAAAAAUGACGCUGAGUUAAUGCAAAUAGAUUUAAAUCAUAAAGUACAAGAUAAAGAAACUAAAGGAAAUGCUGAAUUACAGCCUGAUAAUCUAGAUCAAGUUAUUUGUAAUGGAUUUGAAAAUGUGUCAUAUCUAGACCGAAAUAAAGACAUCUUAGAUACUACUGUUCUAGAAAAAGUUGAAACUCUAGAUAUUGAACAUAGUGUAAACGAAAUUGUGGAUUCAAAAACGAAUACUGAUCAAGAGGCGCGAAAUCUUGUUGGUGUAAUUAAUAUAGAAAAAACACAAAUUAAUGAAAGUAUAGAAAUUAAAGAAAAUCAUGUUGAAAUACAGGAAUUAGACAACGACAAAUCACAGAGGGUAUCAAAUAAGAAUUUACUUGAUUUUGUGGAUUCCGAUGACACAAAAGUGCAUGAGAAAGUUAUAAAUUUGACGGAAAAUUGUUUAGUUUUGACAAAAUCAGACGGAUGUCAAUCCAACGAUAUAGAAAUGGUCGCAGCAACAAACGACCCAGAUAAUUUUGAUAACCAUGACAACUUUACGGAAUCAGACAAUGAUAGAUUUAAAAGUGAAUCCACUGACAUAAAAAUGGUUGAAGAAAUUACAAAUUUGCCAGAUAAUAUUGAAAAUCAUGGAAAUUUAAUUGAAUCAAACAAUGAGAAUUCAAAAAGCGUAUUAGACGAGAAUGCUUUGGAGUCUAAUGACAUAGAAAUGAUGGAGAGUAUUGAAAAUCAAAAUUUAAAUAUAAAUAAUCCAUCAACAAGUAAUUGCGAGUCAAUAGAGUCUAACAAAUCUGAUAAAUUAACCGUAAUAAAAAAUAUAGAGAAUAAUCAGAUGUUAGAAAACCAAAAAAUAGAAUCAGAAGAGUGUGAGGAAUAUAUGGAUAGUACAUCUUUAAAAGAUGAACAAAGAGAAAAUCAAAUUUUAGAAAAUCAUGAAAAAUUUAAUACUGUAAAUGUCAAAUCAAUUCGUUCAAACGAUAAUGAAGUUCCUAAUUCCUUUUCGAGUGGUUACUCCAGUUCUAUUCCUGAUGAAAAUGAUGUUGACGAUAAUAUACAAAUUUUGAAUGAUACAGAAACUACUUCAAAUAUAAAUGAAGGGAAUUUGCCAAACUCUAAAACAUUACACGAAAUUAACACAGACAAUUUCAUUGAUGAAGUAAAAAAUAUAGCGGAAAAAGAACAUGAAGUAGAUAAGAAUAUUUUUGAAGAGAUAGAUUCUAAGCUAAAUCAAAAAAUGACUUAUAAUAGUGACCAAAUGAUUUCCAUAGUUUUUACUGAAGAUAAAACUAAUUCUGACAAUCAAUCAGCUAAAAGUUUAAAUUCAGAUGUUGAAUCGAUAACUUCUGAAAAUACUGAAGAAUUAAAUUCCAAAAAUUCUAAAUCUGAACAUGAAAAAGAUAAAAAUGAAACUCAUAUAGAGAUGUUGCAAAAGGCUAAUUGGAAAGUGAAAGCGGUUAUUGACGAUAAUAAAUCAUUAAGAAUGACAUUAGACAGGACAGUUGAAAAGAAAACGAACAAAUCUAAAAAUGAAUUAGAAGAUCCUGAAUUUUUAAAGUAUUUAGAAAUUAGACAGGACGCAGUGAUGGAUGAACAUCCUGAACUAACACAAGACGAAAUAACACGUUAUCUGUACAAAACAUGGCAAUAUGAGGAGAAUUCUAAAUCUGAAAGUAAAAAAACAGAUGAAAUGGAACAAGCUAAUUUAGUUAAAGGUCUUAAAAAAGAAACAACACAACCUAAGAGAGUAAAAAAGAAAAUUAAAGUAGACAAAGAGAUAAACGACGAAGAGGAUUUUAUUCCUAAAUCGAAAUCGAAACGUAGAAUUGCAAGACCGUGUUACAAUGAAGAUUUUAAUGAUAAUUCAGAUUUAGAUAUGGAUGAUGAAAUACAAUUAUUUGAUAUUUUCAAAACUAAAAACAGACAAUUCAAAGGGAAAAAUAAUGAAAAUCCAAUUGACACGCAAAAUAAUAUUCCAAACGGAAAUAUAGAGGAAUCUCGUAAUGACGCAAACUUUUUAAGUGAAGAUGAUUUUGAUCAAGUAGAAGAAUAUUUCAAACAACUCACAGAACCAAAGCCGAAUAUAUUUAAAGGUCUUUUGAGAGAAAAACUUUGUGAAGUUUGCGAGAAAACUGGUAAUCUAGUUAAAUGCAAAGGCUGUCAUUGUAUGUUUCAUGUUGAAUGUACUAAAAAAGAGACGGAAGUUAUUGACAAACAGUUACCUUCUAGAGGAAGAAAGAAGAAGAAGAGAAAUAGAGGUAGAAAGCAGAAGGGUUUAGAUGAUUCUAACGGUUUAGAUGGAGAUAGCCAAAGUGAUGAGAAAUCACAAGAAUUUAAUGCAUCAGAAGAGAAUUCAUUAGAUGACCUUGAAUCUCAUAUAAUCGUAGAUGCAAAUAACUUUGAAGCACAAUUAAGUGAUAAAAUGAAAGAAAUUAUCGACAAACAAAACGAAUAUUACUCGGAUUCAAGUGAAUAUGCAUUAGAUUGGAGUGAUACAGAAGUGGGUAAAUGUAAAAUAAUCGAUAUUAAACUACCUACAAAAAAUCGUAAUUCCGAUACAGAUUAUACAGAUUUCAAAUGUCAUAAUUGUUUACAAUACGACAAACCUAUUUGUUUCGUAUGUAGGGCUGCCACAUCACCGAAAGGUAUAGAAUACAGACAAAGAUGUCAAUUAGCACACUGUAAUAAAUAUUACCAUUUGGAAUGUUUGGAACAUUGGCCUCAGACGCAGUAUCAUUCUGGUGAAGUUCUAAGAAAUAAUAAAAAUAUUAAAGGUUUUUUUGAACCUGUCGUAUGUCCGCGACAUGUUUGUCAUACGUGUGUAAGUGAUGACCCUAGAGGUUGUAAGACUAGAUUCAGUGGUGAUAAACUCGCGCGUUGUGUCAGAUGUCCUGCGACAUAUCAUUCCUUCACCAAAUGUCUUCCAGCUGGCUCUCAGAUAUUGUCAGCGUCGCAUAUUAUUUGUCCAAGACAUUAUGAGCAUAGGCCCGGCAAAGUACCAUGUCAUGUUAACACUGGUUGGUGUUUCAUCUGUGCGUUGGGUGGGUCGCUCAUCUGCUGCGAGUACUGUCCCACAUCAUUCCACGCUGAGUGCCUUAAUAUUAAACCUCCUGAAGGUGGAUAUAUGUGUGAAGAUUGUGAAACAGGAUGCUUACCAUUGUAUGGAGAAAUGGUGUGGGUCAAAUUAGGUCAUUAUAGAUGGUGGCCUGGAAUAAUCCUGCAUCCGUCAGAGAUCCCUCCUAACAUCUUAGCAGUGAAGCACUCUCCCGGUGAAUUUGUGGUCAGGUUUUUUGGUCAGUACGAUCACUACUGGGUCAAUAGAGGACGAGUGUUUCCCUUCCAAGAAGGUGAUACAGGCAAAGUGUCAAAUCAGAAAUCAAAGAUAGACGCAGCAUUCAAUAUGGCGAUGGAGCACGCGCAAAGAGCUUGCGAGAUACUAAAGAAAGUAUCACCAGAUGAAGAAGAGACCCCAGACUUCGCAUCUUCUCUCCUGCCGCCGCACUACGUGAAGCUGAAGGUGAACAAGCCGUGCGGCUCGCUGUGCGGGAAGAGGAUAGAUGUAGAGGAGAGCUCGCUCACACAGUGCGAGUGUAAUCCUGAUGAAGAAGAUCCUUGUGGACCUUACUCACAGUGCCUUAAUAGGAUGCUGCUAACAGAGUGUGGUCCAACUUGUCGCGCGGGGGAGAGAUGUAAUAACCGUGCCUUUGAGAAGCGUCUCUACCCCAAACUGGUGCCUUACCGCACCCCACAGAGGGGAUGGGGGUUGAAGACUUUAGAGGAUAUUAAAGCAGGCCAAUUCGUAAUAGAGUACGUAGGAGAAUUAAUAGACGAAGAAGAGUUUAAGAGAAGAAUGCAGAGAAAAUAUGAGAUACGAGAUGAGAACUAUUACUUUUUAACUCUAGAUAAAGAGAGAAUGAUUGAUGCUGGACCUAAAGGGAAUCUGGCUAGAUUUAUGAAUCAUUGCUGCGAACCAAACUGUGAGACUCAGAAAUGGACGGUACUGGGUGAUGUCAGAGUUGGACUGUUUGCUAUGAGAGAUAUACCAGCUAAUAGUGAAGUGACUUUCAAUUAUAAUUUACAAUGCGCGGGAAUUGAGAAGAAACAAUGUCUUUGCGGAGCUAAAAGAUGUUCAGGUUACAUUGGAGCUAAACCUAAACAGAGUGAACAACCAAAGAAGAAAAAGGACGUAACAAAACGUACAUAUAAAAAACGAAAAGUGGAAUAUUCUCCCACAGUUCGUCCGAAGCCUGUCAAACGACAGACAUCUCGCUCUAACCCAAAGGAACUGACAGAGAUAGAGAAAGAUUUGCUCAUAAUAAAGCUGGCUACAAGCGGAAUGUCAAGCGAUUCAGAUUGUAGUGGAAGAUUUAGUGUAGAUAGUGCGAAAGAGACGAAAGCUAUGAAAAGAAAAAGAGAUAGAAUAUCACCAGAAGAUUUGUACAAUGGAUUAUCUCCUAAUAAUAAAAGAUUUAAGGAAGACGAUUGAUUUAUAAUUUGCAAAGAAAAUGUGAAUCAAACUAAUUUUCAUCGAUUAUUGGAUGAAAUUGUGUUCAAAUUAUGUAAAAUAAAUACCACAAUAUUUAGAAUAAUUGCUAAAUAUUAUAGUAAUUAUUCGAAUUUUUAACACUUUUCAUGCCAAGAUAUAUUGAUAUGAAAGUCAACAUCAUUGAAUGUGUUAAAUGGUAUUUAAACACUGACCUCUAUAAAUAGACUGGCUAUAAGACGUAGAAUUUUGUGCCUAUUUGAUCUUCGCCAUUUUGGCGCUGAUAGAGUUGUUGCGGUGGUUUGAAUAGGAACUAAUAAUAUAGAUAGAAAACUGUCAGGUAAACAGAGAGAAGCAAAAUAAUUUCCAAUCGCCUAUCCAUUUAUAAGUCAGUGGAUUUAAGUUUUUUUUUAUAUACAAA